GAAUCUGCGUUGUAGUUCGGUGAUGCGCACUAGUAUCACGCCCAAUUUGAAGACUUGUAUCCUAUUCUCUGUGGUAGCUACCACAGAAACGGAGCUAUUCGCGUUUCUUCCGCAAAUUCGCUGUACUGCGAAGAUCUAAUUAUUUUUGGGAAAAACACCGCGAUUUGAAUGAAUGAAAAAACCUUCUAAAUACUAUAGCGACAAAACUAGAAAGUUAGACUAGCCUAGCUAGUAUGCGACUACAACCUUGCACUCUUGCGGAAUCUAGCGGACUAGUAAAUUAUCCAUUGUAACGUUGUUUCGUUUUUUAUACUGUAUUAAUUUACCUCAAUACUAGGGGGGGCAGUUACACGCAAAUUGGAAACGCGGAUAUUAGGCUUCAAUUCAAAGUUAUUAGCUGGCUUGCUACACCCAGCACUGCAGUAUCGCUAACGUUAUCUAGCCUGGCAACGUCUACCCCAUGGGUGGAGGGGAGGACACAGGCUGGCUCAGUGCAUAAUGUUCGUUUGCAAGUUGAGACCCGCUUCAGAUGUGAUCUGCGAGCCGGCCACCUACUUUGGCUGAAAACAUCAACCUGGCAUGCUGUUUAUGUUUUUUGUAGCGUUAACCAAGCUAAUUUAGACUAGUAAUGAAACGUGGAAUACAUACUCCGCGACCGAAGAAACUUUUAUGGAAGUAGCAAGCUGUCUACAGACAUGCUAGCCAGCUAAUCUUUCGAUGCAAGACUGGUAUCGGGUGUUACCUAAUAGAUAGCUAACAAAGCUAGCUAGCUUACGAAUAUGCUGUGCAUGAAGAGCUAGCUAGCGAGUUAUGAAGCUAAUAUUUUAAAAACAGGGGAAUUUGCUGACACUUGACUUGGACGUUUCAUUCAAUGAGGUUACGGACAUAGAAACGUUAGGCUAUAUAGGUAGAUUACACCAACGAAUUAUAUUUAACGAUGGGGUCGUUGAAGGCUUUACAAGAAUGGUGUCGGAUACAGUGUGAAAACUAUACCGAUGUGGAAAUAAAGAAUAUGUCAGCGUCAUUCAGAGAUGGUUUGGCUUUUUGUGCUAUAAUCCACAGACACAGACCGGACCUGAUAGACUUCGAUUCCCUCUCCAAAGACAACGUCUAUGAGAACAACCGCCUGGCCUUCGAGAUGGCGGAGUCAGAGCUGGGCAUCCCAGCCCUGCUGGACCCUGAGGACAUGGUGUCCAUGAAGGUGCCUGAUCGCCUGAGCGUCAUCACCUACGUCUCCCAGUACUACAACUACUUCACCAACAAGUCUCACGCCAACCCCCCCUGCAUGAAGCGGCCGAGUGGUACAGGCCACACGGAACCUGCAGUGAAGAGACCCGUUGUCCUUGACGAUGAGAGAGCAGGCGAGGCCAGGAGCGCUCCCGCUCCGACGGGCGCAGACGACCAAUCGAAACGCGGCACGCUGAGCAGCACCUGCGCGGCCUGUCAGAAGCACGUCCACCUGGUGCAGAGGUUCCUGGUCGACGGCAAGCUCUACCACCGCAACUGCUUCAGGUGCAGGGAGUGCUGUAGCACCCUCUUACCUGGCUCUUACAAAGCAGGAAGUGAGGCGGGCUCCCUUGUCUGCACCCACCACUUUGCCAAGUCCUUCUCAGCCAAUCAAAACGGCCGGCCGGACCUCAGCAGACUGGCUAGACCGACGCUGGUGAGAGGGGGCGUGCUCACUCCACCUGAGACUCCGCCCACCGCGCAGGCUCAGGAGAAGACUCCCCUGCAGGAUUCGGUCAUUGACGAACACUCCAUAUCCGAUUCGCCCGGGAAUGCGGACAUCGUGGACAGAGAGGAGGAGGAGAGGGAGAUGGGCGUGAGCGGAGCGAGGGAGGAGACGGAGAGAGAGAGGGAUGAAAGCACAGUGAGAGAGGAGAUGGAGGGAGAAAGGGAUGAAAGCACUGUGAGAGAGGAAACGGAGAGAGAGAGAGGUGAGGACGGAAGCCAGGAAGUGGAGGAGAAAGAGCAGCCCUCCUCACCUCCGAAUCCCUUUGACGACAGCGAGGAAGAGGACGGCAAAGCCGAAGAGAAACCGGAGGAGGGUGCGGCCAAUGGCCCCCUGCCUUCCACACCAGCGAGCCGUUUGGGGGGCGCUGGCCGGCCAGUCCCCGCCCCCCGCCGGGUGUUUGACCCCUCUCCUCCUCCCCGCCCAACGCCCAGGGCCCGCCCCCCCAAAGUGACGGACAGCUGUGCGUUCAAUGGUGAUCCUGGGGGUGUGAACAGAGCCCCUCCCAAACCCAGAGAGAGGUCCCACUCCCCGGGCAGCUCCAGCCUGUCCAGUGAAACUCCCAAACCCAAAGACCCGCCCUGGUUGGCCCUUGUCCAUCCAGAGCCCCGGAAAAAGCCGGCCCCGCCCCCUCCCCCUCCCCCUGGCAUGGCGACCCCGCAGCGGUCUGGGUCCGUGCCGUCCCUUAGGGGCGAGGGGUCCCGGCCGGCCACCCCUCCACAGCCCGUCAAUCCUUUCGAGGACGACGAGGAAGAGGAGGAGCCGGAGCCGCGGGAGGAGGCGGAGUCCGGUGGUAGUUUGGUCCCGCCCACGGUAGCGGCCAUCCACCCUUGGUAUAGAAUCACUCCGGCAGCCGACGCGGCCAGCGCGGGUGGCCCCGCCCACACGCCCGGCUCGGCCAGCGGCACAGCAAGCCCCUCCCACUCGGCCAGCGGGGGCAGCCCCUCCCACUCGGUCAGCGGGGGCAGCCCGCGCAGUAAGAGAAGGCCCGCCCCCCCGGCCCCGCGCGCCUCUCCCGCAGCGCUUCCUCACUCCCAGCCUUCCUCUACCUCUCCCUCUCCAGCUCUCAGCACGGAGUCUCUCUCCUCCUCCUCCGACCACAGCUCCACCAAGCCUCCGCCCGCCGCCCGCGUCCCCGACCAGGAGCACCCUUUCACCAAGAGCGUCUCCGAGCCGUCAAUCAGCGAGCCCUCCGGCUCCUCCCCCAAUCACCAGCCUCGCGCGUCCCCCAGCCCCUCCCCUCCGCCCCCGCCUGCCAACACCAGCUCGGCCCCCGCCACCCCGCAGACCAAUCGCAGCGCGGGGUUGAAAGCCGCGCGCCCGCCGCCCCCCCGGCCCCCGUCCGCCCCCAGCCCGCUGGCCAAAACCGGGGCUCCUACCCCUCCACCGCCCCCUUCUUCUCACGGGAAGCGCACCUGUAAGGAGAACCCCUUCAACCGAAAAGCCUCCCCGUCUGUAACCCCCCCGAAAUCCAGGCCUCCCAAGGGUCCCCGCCCCGCCCGACCCCCGGCCCCCGGUCACGGUUUCCCCCUCAUAAAGAGGAAGGUUCAGUCAGACCAGUACAUCCCCGUGGAGGACAUCCACGUGGAGAUGGGCCAGCUGGAGAGACAGCUGGACGAGCUGGAGCAGAGAGGGGUGGAGCUGGAGAGCAAGCUCAGAGACUGCCAGAACGAUGAAGAGGAGGAGGUCAUGCUGGUGGACUGGUUCACUCUGAUCCAUGACAAACACAUGCUGGUACGCAGGGAGGCCGAGCUGGUCUACACGGCCAAGCAGCAGAACCUGGAGGAGCGGCAAGCGGAUGUGGAGUACGAACUGAGAUGCCUCCUGAACAAACCGGAGAAAGAGUGGAGCGAGGAGGACCGAGCCAGGGAGCAGGAGCUGAUGGCGGAGCUGGUCACCAUCAUCGAGCAGAGGAACCACAUCAUCAACAGCAUGGACCAGGACAGGCAGAGGGAGGAGGAGGAAGACAAGGUUUUGGAGGCUAUGCUCAAGAAGAAGGAUUUCCACAAGGAGGCGGAUGGAGAGCACAAGAAGAAAGGGGGGAAGUUUAAACCCAUGAAGGUGCUCAAAAUGUUGAGCCAAAAGGGCGAGGGUGGCAAGAGCAAGAGCCCUCGCAAGGAGAAGAGCUGAGGGAGGGAGGGAGGGAGGGAGGGAGGGAGGGAGGACAGGACAGAGAGGUAGUGAGAGAGAGACCGGGGAACAGAUGACUGAGGCGUGUGUUCUCUGUGCGAGAGGGUGAAGGACAGGGGAGAGAAGGUCUGUUGCAGCAUGUCACAUCAUCACCGCGCAAUGCAAACCAGUGCAGUGGGGAAGGGGUGUGUGUGAGGGCUAAAAGAGAGAGGGAAGGGGGUGACACACAUGUAACUGAGAAAUGAAACGCCUUCUCCAGGCCCACACCAUGCAGCUGGAAUCGCAGUCGGUUUCCUGUCUCUGUCCAAAAACACGAGUGUGAAAUGUAUAUAUUUUAGAUGGCCUUUAUGUAGAGAACUGUAAACGCAAAGCAAAAAACUAAACUUACAGGAGAGGGUAGAGGACGCAUAACUGCGUAGAAGUUGAGUUAGUGUUGGCAAAAAAGAACCUUUAUCGAUACUGGGUCAUUCGAGGUGCUUUCCGACCUUUAUGACUUUUUCUGUACAUAGCAAGCUCCAGACCCAAGCAUUUUCAGUUGCCUUUUAGCAGAAGAGAACAGAAGCACAUACAGUGUUACAAAUAGGACCCGUAUCUACAGAUCUGUCCGUCUUCCAGUAUCUUGGCACCAAAGGGACAGUGCUGAAACAGGUCCUGCAUUAAUACUGACUCUGCACUCGCUUCCUAACCUGAAACGUUACGCCCUGCGUCACACUGCAGGAAGUAAAGCUGCAGGGCAGGUGUGCAGGGUGUCCUGCGCUGGUUCCCGUGGCAGCGAGACAGCAUGAUAAUAUCAUGGGAACAUUACAAUGGGCAUUGAGGCAGGGGUGGGCGGGGCUGUGAAACGACUGAUGUUGGGACAGAGGCCUGUCCUCAAGAAGAACAAAUUGACUCGUCCAAGCAUAAGGAGACGGGCUUGAGAACAGGAACUUGAAGCUGGAAAAGAAAACAAACUUAAAGCUAAGUUUAAUUAACGCUCAACUCACAAAACACUGGCAAUCAUAUUUAUUAUUAACGGAAAUUUAAUGGGUCGGAGUGCUUGCAGUUUGGAUUUUGGAUUUAAGGAGUUAAAAACUGGUGGGAUGACGUGACCCUUUUGUCUGCCUCCAGUAUUUGUGCUCUGUAGGGUUGGCACAAGCCUUUGUUUAAAUCAGAUGUUUUCGGUUAAAAAUAUUAGUGAGUUUGGAGUUGACUUCCUCGGCUGCUUAUACCAUGAAAGGCCUCGAGGAAACUCCUUGAAAGGACCCGUGCCUUGGAAGGACCUAUAUUUGGCUAAUUUAGUUUUGCACUGCAAUAUUUCGGUGUUGCAGUGAGGUUAUAAGUGCAAGAUGUCACAGGCAGAACACCAGCACUAUGGUCUAAAUCCAAAUAUGUAUCUUACCAACAAACAAAAACAAAUCUUAAAAUGUUUAUUUAAAAACAUGGAUUCUAUGAAAGCGAUAAAAGAUCUAACCUCAAAAGAGGUUGUGUUAAAAUGAGGUUUAUUAAUAUGGCAGAGGUGCUAACCAAAAUGGUGAGCGUGCUAUGAAUACUGGUUAUGCAAUAUUACUUCUAAAUUUGGACUUUAAAAUGAUCUUUUACACUGUUAUGUCCAAUUUCAUUUUUCUGUUUUGCCUUAAAAACGUUAGAGUAAAACUGUAGAAACAAGGGUUUUGAAAUAAGUUUGUUUUUAAGAGUGCCAUUAUUUAAUUAUACUGUAUUUGUGUCUCUCUGUAUGUCUACAUUCGCUGCUCUGUCUGUCAUCCACACUGACUCUCUACAGACUGUCUUUACAUUUGUACCUGUUUGAAAUUUUGCAUCCGUCUAUCCAUUUGUAUAUGUUUUUAUGUAUCCAUCUGCCUAUUUACUGUAACACAAAGGGCUUUUGUAGGGAACCGGAAAUGUUAUGCACUGUCUGUACAAAAAACCCGAACAAAACAUGAACAUAUAGAAAUCAGGAGAAAUAAAAUAAGUUAAUGAAACUAAA